AUGGCCCACUCCCAUAUUCCCAACCCGUCCUACUCACAGACACAACCGAUGCUGCACCCAUCGCAGGCGACAAGCUACUCCCAACCAGGAGCGAGCGAGACUACACGUGGUGUCGCGACGGGUAACAUUGGCGGGGGUUAUGGCCCGUACUCGUACAAUCCGAACGUAUACAAUAACCGCUAUGCCUCCUCCCGAUUCAGUGCUGCUUCUGAGCUCUCAGUAAGCUCGAAUGAGGACAAGACACCGAACACUACGUCACAUCUCGUCACCUCUGCAACGAUGGCAAAUGCAUCCCACAUGUGGGAUCUGCGGGACGAGGACCUUGACGAUCCGCUGCACAGCCCAGACCCUGUGCGCGACGCCAAAAUGGACCGCUCAUGCACGCCCUUCUCUGCGCGUGGUUGGCUGAAUGUGUCCGCCAUUACUGUGGUCAUUCUCGGCUUGCUAACACUCUUUGCCGGCUACCCAAUCAUCACAUACUAUAAAAACCCUACGCCCGUAACGCCAGGAUUCAAUCUUGGAGGAAUCAAUUCGUCGGGGCAAAUUCCAGAUUUGCCCAACAUGCCGAAGUUGAUCGAUAAGGAUACCAACGAGGAGUUUUAUACCCGCACAGGGUCAGACGGUACGACGUACAAUCUGAUGUUCAGUGAUGAGUUCGAAACCGCUGGUCGGACAUUCUGGCCGGGAGAUGACCCAUACUGGGAGGCGGUAAACUUCAACUACUGGGCGACGGGUGACCUUGAAUGGUACAGUCCAGAGGCGAUCACUACGAAGGAUGGGAAAUUGGUAAUCACAAUGACGGAGGAGGAGACGCACAAUUUAAAUUUCCAGAGUGGGAUGUUGCAGUCUUGGAACAAGCUAUGCUUCACAACCGGCUAUAUCGAGAUGUCUGUCAGUCUGGCUGGAAGUCCCACGGCUCCUGGACUCUGGCCAGCCGCCUGGACCAUGGGUAACCUUGGCCGUGCUGGUUAUGGCGCUACAACUGACGGUGGAUGGCCAUUCAGCUACGAUACCUGCGACGUGGGUACAUUCCCCAAUCAGACAACUGCUAGUGGAUCUCCCGCUGCCGCAGCCACUGGGGGUACGGGAGGCGGACCGAUUAGCUACCUGCCAGGACAAAAGCUUUCCGCGUGCACAUGUCCGGGUGGGGACCACCCUGGCCCAUCGGUCAAUGUGGGCCGCGGAGUGCCCGAAGUGGACGUAUUCGAGGUCCAGAUCGAUGUUGCCGAUUUUCAUGCGCAGGCGUCGCAGAGUAUGCAGGUCGCACCGUACAACUACCAGUACCAGUAUGACGACUCGGCGACUGCGUCACCCAUCAAUGACUCGCAGAUCACCUCAUUCAACACGUACAAGGGUGGCCCCUACCAGCAAGCGGUGUCGGCGCUCACAUUCGUCAGCAAUUCGAAUUACGACAACCAGAGCUACGCGACAUAUGGUUACGAGUGGUACUCGAACCCAAACGAUCGCGGUGCUGGCUACAUUCAGUGGUAUGCAGGUGGAGCAGAGACUUGGAGGUUGACUCCGCAGACGAUCGGCCCGGACAACCAAACACAGAUCAGCCAGCGUAUCGUCCCUGAGGAGCCUAUGUAUAUUAUCCUCAAUCUGGGCAUGUCGCCAUCCUUCCAGCAGCAAGACUUCAAGCAUAUGCAGUUCCCUGCCUCCAUGUAUAUUGACUACGUCCGCGUGUACCAGCGUUCGGACGUGUCCUCCGAUGGUCUGACGUGUGACCCUCCCAACUACCCUACUGCGGAUUACAUUAACAACCACCUGAACGCGUAUUCAAACCCGAAUCUUACCACUUGGGCGCAAGCAGGAUACACCUUCCCUAAGAACAAACUCUACAACGGGUGUUGA